AUGAAAAGAAAAAAAGCCACUCAACUUGUUGUUGGCGUCAUUGCUCCAUAUUUUAAGCAUGAAAUCGCCAAAGAUUUGCAAAGCAACAUGUUUUCAAUCAUUAUUGAUGAGACAACAGACAUAUCUACGAAGAAAUUAUUAAUUUUACUUGUAAGAUAUUGGAAAAAUGGGUUGAUUCAGGACAGAGUUUUUGAUUUAAUAGAAGUGAGGGACGCAUCUGCACAAGGAAUGUUUAACUCCUUAAAACAUGUUCUGGAUUUCUAUCAAAUACCCUAUACAAAUCUUUUAGGCAUUGCAGCUGAUAACGCAAGCACUAUGAUGGGGCAUCUUAAUGGUGUUCAAGCUAAAUUAAGGGUUAUUGCUCCACAUAUACAUGUCCAACGAUGUGCAUCACAUUCUUUGCAUCUAUGCUCAUCAGCUGCAGCGAAAAAGUUGCCUAACAAUGUGGAACAAUUUACAAGGGAUAUAUAUGCUUACUUUAGUCAUAGCAGCAAAAGGCAGGAAGAACUGGAAGAGUGUCAAGUUUUUGCGAAGGAAAAUCCUGCAAAAAUGUUAUAUCCGAGCCAGACAAGAUGGUUAUCUUUGAGAGCGGUCGUUAAUCGAAUAUUGGAUCAUUGGAACUCAUUAAUUAUAUUUUUCACAAGGGCUGCACUGGAGGACAAUCUUCCCACAGCUAAGUCAAUACUGGGUGCACUGAAAAAUGACAUUUACAAAAUGUAUCUCCUGUUUUUUAGUUACGUGCUUGAAUUAGUUACUAAGGUAAACUUAGAAUUUCAAUCAGAACAACCAAAAUUACCCAUUUUUUUAGAAAGAAUGACCACGCUUUAUAGGAUAAUAUUGAAAGGCUUUACUAAAAAACAUAUAUUAGAGACAGUCCCUUUGUCAAAUAUUAAUGUAUGCCACCCUAAAAAUUAUUUAGAAAUUUAUAAAAUGUUUUUUGGUGCCAAAGUAGACACUAUUUUAAAAGCAGAAACGAUAGACAAAGGCGAUGUUCAUAAUUUUAGAUUGAAAGCUAUGGAAUUUUAUAUAGAAUUAGCUAAACAGAUUAAAGAAAGGUUUAAUUUUGAAGACGAAAUUUUAAAAUAUGCAUCUUAUUUCACACCACAAAGAACCUUAUCUGGCGAAAUUCUCUCAAUUGCCCAAUUUGUAAAUUUAUUUCCAAAUGUUACCAUUGAUAUUGAAGCGGCAAAUACAGAAUGGCUUUUAAUUAGCGACAUUGCUAAUAAUUCUAUUGAUUUGGCUUCAGAUUUAGAUAAUAUAUGUAAGUUUUGGGGUAAAAUAGAAAACAUAAAGAACAGUUUAAAUGAAAAUAUGUUUCCAAAUUUAAUGAAACUGGUGAAAAUAAUAUUAUCUUUACCUAAUUCGUCGGCAGCAGCUGAAAGAGCGUUUUCAGGCCUUACUUUAGCUAAAACCAAAUUAAGGAAUAGAUUGUUAAUUUCAACUUGUUCAGCUAUUCUUAUAACAAAAGACAACUUAAGAAAAAUCGAAAAUGGUUCCCUGGGUUGGAGGCCACCAUUAUCAAUAAUAAAUUAUAAUUCUCACGCUAUUGAAAAAAUAAAUAUUGAAGAAGAAUAA